AUGCUGUCAGCACGAAUGUUCCGCCCGGCCUCGUCCAUCGCCCGACAAGGCGUCGCAUCUCAACGACUCUUCCACGCCAGCCGCCCUGCUUUGGCCGUACACUACGUCAAGACUGCCGAGGAAUUCAAAAAGGUCGUAAAAGAGCAGGACAAAGUCAUUGUAGAUUGCUUCGCAACAUGGUGCGGACCGUGCAAAGCCAUCGCUCCCAUCCUGGAAAAAGCCUCUGAAGAAGUAGAAUUCAAGGACAAGGUCCAUUUUGUCAAAUUCGACGUGGAUGAGCUGCCCGAGCUGAGCCAAGAGCUGGGAAUCCGCGCCAUGCCGACGUUCCUCUUCUACAAGAACGGUAACAAGGUGGAUGAGAUGAUCGGAGCGAACCCGCCUGUUUUGCUGCAAACACUGAGGAAGCACAAUGCCUAA